CUUUGCUCCCCCGGCCGGCAUGUCCGCGCUGUGUGAUGCCCCGGGGGUGGCGGGGCCUCCCGGGUCCGCCCCCAGCCCCAAACCGGCAGUCGCCCCUCCAUCGCUCAGUUCCCAAGAGCUGGCACAGGAGAUCAAGGCCUUCCUUAGCGGGGUCGAUCCUGUGCACGGCAACAAGCUCACCAUCAAAGAACAUGCCCGCUGUGCCAUUUUGUUGCUGCGUAGCCUGCCCCCGGCCCGCAGUGCCGUCCUGGACCACCUCCGGGGCGUCUUUGACGAGUACGUGUGCACCUACUUGCUGGAGUUGGAGAGCAGCGAUGGCGGGAUGGGGUCCAUCCGCUCCCAGGGGCCCAAUCUGGACGACGUGGUGCAGGAGAUCCAAGCCGUGCUGUCCGAGUUCGUCCGCAUGAACCCCAAGGCAUGGGCGGGUUUGGUCUCGGCCUGGUCGAUCGAUCUGAUGGGGCAGCUGAGCAGCAAGUACGCCGGCCGGCAUGGCGUGCCCCACGCCAGCAGCCUGAAUGAGCUGCUGCAGCUGUGGAUGUCCUGCAAGGCCACGCGGACGCUGAUGGAGAUCUACACCCAGUGCCUCUCUUCGAUGAUUAGCACCUGCCCGGACGCCUGCGUGGACGCCCUGCUGGACACCUCCGUCCAGCACUCCCCUCACUUCGACUGGGUGGUGGCCCACAUCGGCUCGUCCUUCCCCAACACCAUCAUCAACCGGGUGCUCUCCUGCGGGCUGAAGGACUUCUGCAUGCACGGGACGGCCUCGGCCGACCUCCUCCUUUUCCCCAGCGCCACGGCCGCCGACAAGCGGGUGCCCAAGAUCGCCUCGGUGGUGGGCAUCCUGGGCCACUUGGCCUCCCGCCACUCGGCCAGCAUCAAGCAGGAGCUGCUGCGGAUGUUCCACAGCAGCCUGGGCCCCGCCCGGGACCAGCAGCAGAAAGCCACCGUGCCCUUCCUGCUGCAGCUGGCCGUCAUGUCUCCCACUCUGCUGGGCGCCAUCUCGGCCGAGCUGGUGGACUCCCUCAAGCCGGCCGUGCUCAACCAGCUGCACCGGCACUUCGCCGCGCUGCCCCGGGAGGACCUGGAGAACAUGGUCAGCAUCGUGGUGCACCUCAUCUGCCAGACGUCUGGCGGCGCUUACCGCACCCUGCAGUUCCUCGUCAGCACGGCCAUGCCGGCGUCCGUCAUCACUCCCCCGGGCCUUGCCGUCCAUGACAGCGUGCGGGAGGCGUGCGACCGCGUCAUCCAACUCCUGCUGCUCAACCUCCAGAAGCUGGUGUACAACCGGGGCUCGGCCGGCCUGGCGGAGGCCCCGCCCCGGGCAGUGCCUUUCCUGGACGAGCUGAAGGGCCACGUGCGGGAGCUGUGCGUGGAGGCCUUGCGGUUGGAGAGGAAGCGCUUCCUCUGGCAGCACCAGCUGCUCGUCCUCCUCUCCAUCUACUGCGCCCCCAGCUGCGCUAGCGAGGCCCUCUUCCACUUGCUGACCCUGGCCAAGAGCCAGGAGGAGCUCAGUUUGGCCACCCAGCUCCACGCCGUGCUCAGCUCCUGCAUGAGCGACCUGCUGCCUUCCACCGUCAAGAAAUGCGUGUGCCAGGUCCACGCCGGCGGUCUCUCCGAGCAGCACACGGCCCAGCUCUUCCGAAACCUGGCCUUGGUCAUGCAGUGGGAGGGCGAGGGGCCCGCCUCCAUGGGCCACCAGCUGGGCCAGGCCGUCUCAGGGCACGUCGGCGACUUCGGCCAGCUCCUUCUGCACCACAACCCCGAGGUUGCGCAGGCGGCCUCCUUGCUCCUCUCCGUCUGCCCCACGCCCAGGGCCAUCCAGCCGGCUCAACUCCUCUCCCUCGUCCGUUCCGCCGUGCACCACUUCUUCUCGGUGCUGCGUGGUCAGUGCCCCGCAGGCGUCAGCUAUGGGGGCCGCCUCCUCUGCCGCCUGAGUGGGGCCUCGCCCACGGCCGGCAAGGCCACCCUUCAGUGCCUGGUGGAGGGAGCCCUGCACCCGGGCAGCAGCGAGAUCUUUGGCGGAGCGGCCCAGAGGCCACCCGCGGCUGGGAACGAGGCUGCCCUGGAAGGCGCCAAGCUCUCCCUGCUGGACACCAACCGCCGCUUCAUGGCCGCCGUGAACUUCUCCGGCAGCGUGUGGUCGGUGUUCCACGCCGGGGUGAUUGGCAGGGGUUUGAAGCCGCCCCACUCCCCGCACCAGCGCGAGCUGGAGGAGAUCUCCCACAACGUCCAGACCUUCCUGGGCUUGCUGUUGCAGUGCUGUGGGGCAGGGCGUGGCGGCCCAGAGGCCACCCAGCGCGUUGCUGUCAGCCCCGAGGCGGCGAAGACGGUGGCCGUGGUCCUCGUGGAGACCGUCUGCCCGGACGUCACCAACAGCGAGCUGGCCUGGCCUCCCGAGGAGCACACCCGCAAUACAGUGGAACGGGACAUCCAGGUCGGGCGGGCCUUCCGGGACAACCCCCUGCUCUUCCAGCUGCUGAACCUGGUGGCGGCGGGGCGGCCGGCCCUGUGCUACUGCUCGGUGCUGCUCCGGGGCCUCAUGGCGACCCUCAUGGCCCACUGGGAGGCCUCGCGGGAGAACGACACCACCAGCUCCCCCUGGCAUUUGCAGGCCUCCUGCGCCCUGGUGGCCUGCAUGGGGGAAGGGCACCUCCUCCCACCCGUGCUCAGCAACAUGCACGAGAUCUUUGACCAGCUGGCCCCCUUUGAGGUCCACCUCCUGCUCCUCAGCGUCUGGGACUACAUGCGUGACAACAGCCCGCUGCCCCAAAAGUUCACCUUCGACGCUGGCACGGGCCUCUUCUUCCGGGACUUUUCCAGAGACACCGACGUCGGCAAAUACCUCUGCGUUUUACACAGCGUCCUGCAUAAGAACAUUGACCGGCUGGGUCUGCUUUCUGGGCGGUUCCACACCUAGCCGCUUCUUUACCGAUCGGCCCUUUGGGAGGGGGGGGUUUGGCUUGCCGUGAUGAUGCUAUUUGGGGCCAGAAUGUCCUGCCUUUUAAAAACUCUAAUUCUGACUGUAAUUGGCUGAAAAGCCGUUGCACAGUCUGUCCAGAGGUGCAGGAGGAGGAGGAGGAGUCAUGGGGGAGGGAGGUUGGAGAUGGUUCCGAUGUCCUUCUCCCUGUCCUUGUAUACCCUCAGCCUGGCUGAAAAAUGACCCUUGCUGGUGCCUGCAGAUUAGUUUACGAAAGGCUCUAUGAAGCCAAUGUUGAAACAAUGGGUAGAAAUACGUUUUCGUUUCUUAAAGAAAAACUCAACCUGUUGCAAGUGAGGUAGCUGCCAGGAAGAGCUUACAUUAAAGAGUGCUGAGCGCUUCUGUUGAAGCCGGACCUAACAGUUGCUAAAUAAAGCCUCCUCUGCAGUGCUGUGCAUCAUGAGAUGCGGGAAGCAAGGUCACCUGAUGUAGCUGCGUCUGGGUAGUGUGGUGCAUGGAUGGCUUUCCCCACUUUCUCUUCCAGUUCAGUUAGGCCACAAUCUGCUGGUUCGUUUCUCCAACUCAGACACAGCCAGUUUCUGGACUUGUGAUAGAAUCUGGAUCACAGCAAUGCUGUUGAGAAUCCAAACAGAGCCUGCAAAGGCUGUGCAGAAAUGCAUUCUUUAAUGUACAAAAAAAGGGGAAGGGAAGAGAAUUUGGUGAACAAAUUACCUUGAGUUAAAAAACAAAAAUACCUAGUAAGGGAAGGCAAGGUAAUAAUCACUUAUUGGCAUGAUCAUUUGAUGUGAAAGUGUACAAGCCUUUAUAGUUAUGCAGAGCCGAUGCAGUUUUGUCCGGAAGAGUUCUGUGUAACUUGGAACGUUGGCACACUUCUGGGUUACAUAGAGCUCUUCAGUAGUCCCAAAGUACGUCAACUGUCUGGGUUAACUGGAUUCACUUCAACCAGAGUUCAUAUUGCCUUGUUUCCUUAAAGGUGCAAUCUUAUGCAUAUUUAGACAGCUGGCUGAAAAAUUGUAGGAUUUGUUUUCUGUCUAAACAUACAUAGGGUUGUGCUCCAAGAUUAAUAUUUUUGGAAGCCAGCCAACAAUCCUUGUCUGUACCAACUUGCUUCCUUGAAGUAAGGCUUUGUUAUCCAGUUCUGCCUCUGAGCAAGGCAGGGUGGUCAUCUGUGGAUGAUUCUUGGAGUGGGUCAGAACCAGGCACCAUCUCCCACUAGUGUUUUUCCCUUGGCAUUACAGAUAUGCUGUCAGCUUAUCCUCCAGAAAGUUUCUCCACCUGCACCGGCUACUGUGAGUGAGCUGAAUUUAUUGCUGCCUGGGUUUAUCCCUGUGCAGUCAAGUAUUCAUCCAUAGACCAGCCCGAAGAGCUAUUCCCCUCUAUUUGUGCGAGUGCUGGAUUUCUUCUAGGCCUUUUUGGGCCCAGAUAGCCUGAAGGAGCUGUUCCUUUUCUUUCGGGUACAAUUCAAAUGCUAGAAAGAAGGUACGUUUAUUUCAUGCAGUGAGGCAGGCACCAAAGAUUGAGUUUAGAACAGAACUGGAGGGUUGCUGGUUUUCUCUUCCUUUUUACAUGAGAAGAGCUCACUUGGUUUUUUUUUUUUU